GAUGAGGAGGAAGAGGAUGAAGAAGAACAAAUAGAUGUUGUGACAGUGGAGGAAAGACGCUCCUCCUCCAACAAGGCUGCUACCACCCUUACUAUUACAGUGCGUCCUAAAAAUACCACUUUUCUAUCAAUCAGGACACAGCAGAAUGAACUGAUUUUAAAGCAUUGCGCACUAAUUCACCAGCAGCAUAAUUAUGCCACUCCUUCUCCAUACAUGGAGAGUGAGGAUGCUCCACCGCAGAAAAAGUUAAAACCCAAGGUUCCCUGUCCACUGAAACCCACGAUCCAACCAAAGCCUAAGAGUUCAAGUCCUCGAAACUCCGAUUCAGAGGACACAAGGUGUCGACGCAGCCAGAAUUUCCUGGAGCACCUAUGGCGUAAGAGUCUACAGUCAAGUUUCCUGACACUAAGGGGCCAUGUUCCAGAACUGGUUAAAAAUGAGAAAGCUCCACGAAUUGUGAUCUUGAAAAAAGCCAUUGAAUAUGUUCAUUCCCUUCAGGCAGAGGAGCAGAAGUUAUUGCUAGAAAAGGAAAAACUGCAAGCCAGACAACAACAAUUGCUAAAGAAAAUAGAAUACAAGUGGACUUGCUAA